AACCCCCAACCUGAAAUGAAAUACAUGAUCACAAUGGCUGACAAAUCAACCAAGCCAGCAAAACGCUUAUCCACCGAUUCAACCAACUCUCAUGAGGGAGCUACGGCAGGAGAAAUAAGUGCUCUGGAAGAGGCCUUCAGAAAAUUUGCUGUCCAUGGUGAUACGAGAGCCACAGGAAAAGAAAUGCACGGGAAGAACUGGUCAAAGCUGUGUAAAGACUGUCAUGUGAUAGAUGGGAAGAACGUAACAACCACAGAUGUUGACAUCGUCUUCAGUAAAAUCAAGGGAAAGUCCCUCAGAACAAUUACUUUUGAUCAGUUUAAGGAAGCUCUUCAAGAACUCGCCAAGAAGCGAUUUAAAGGCAAGAGUGAAGAGGAGGCACUUCAAGAAAUGUAUAAACUAAUUGAAGGAAAAGGCCCAGUUAUAUCUGGAGUAACGAAAACCGUUUCAUCUCCAACUGUAUCACGCCUUACAGAUACUUCAAAAUUCACGGGUUCUCACAAAGAGAGAUUUGAUGCCAGUGGGAAAGGAAAAGGCAGAGCUGGCCGAGAAGAUCUGGUGGAUAACUCAGGAUAUGUAUCUGGUUAUAAGCAUGCAGGCACAUACGAUCAUAAAGUACAAGGAAACAACUCCAGAGGCGAUUAAAAACAGCACAGCUUCCCAGGAGACACAAUCUAGUUUUCUUCCCUGAUGCUACUGUGAGCACAAGACAUUUCAAAGGAACACAUGCAAACAAGAAGGAAAUAAAACUAUCUUCUCAAAA